AUCUUUCGACCACCGUCACCGCCAGCAUUGAACCUCGACACUGAUUCCUUCGGAGCUUUUGCGCCGACUCCUUUGCCUCCCGGAUACCCUGCGGACCAUACGCCACGAUGGCUGUCCUACCUGACCCGAAAACGAUGCUGUCUCAAGAGGCGAUCGCAACCUUCCAGCAAGACCCCCAUCCGCGAUUAUCCCUCCAAGCGCCUCUCCGCAUAGCCUUGGGGUCUACGACUGCCGGUUUCUUCGGUCUCGCCCUGGGAGCGACACAGGGUGGCAAGACGGCGCACCUCCGGUUCCGUGCUGAACACGCGCACAAGAUGCCCGAUUCGACGACAGGCUGGUAUCUCUACCACAAGUCCAAGAACUAUCAUGCGGCCAUUGGAGGCGGCAUGGAGGGAUUGAAGAUGGGAACCAAAUUGGCCCUCUGGAGCGGCAUGGCCCUAUCGCUGGAAACCACCGUCGACCGCUGUCGUGGAGCGAGCGACAUGUUUUCAACAAUUAUUGCAUCAUUAUCUGUCGCUGGCGCUUUCUCUCUCUGGCACCGGUUCCCCAUUACAACGGCUGCUCGGAACGCUAAAUCUGGACUUCUAUUUGGCAUCGCCUACGGCGGCGCGCAAGAUUUCCUCAAUCUCAUUCAAGGCAGACCAGUCGGGUACAUUGAGUUCAUCCGAGGCCGAGGACGGAGUCGAAAAGAGUACGCUGCCGAGCAGCGUGAAGCCACCGCAGCGCCUUGAAAGUUGCCUUUCUUGUGUUCCCCCUUUGAUACCCAGACCAACACAGGCCAGUCCGUUUUACCAUGUAUUUUCAUGUAGUCUGAUGCAUGAAUUGUUCAGUGCCCAAUCGUCCGAUGAACCGGGACCCUGCUACUGCGAAACGAUGCCAGUCUGACGCGCCAACGGCCCUGAAGCGACGAUCUUCACGCAGCAGCAUCAGUGCCUCUUGUCUCAGUCAGUGUCUCUUCGAAGCACUUUGGACAUGUGUGUCGUCUGCCAAAUCGGAUCUUUGUCGACGCAUUCAAGUUGGAAACCUUGGCGUUCCCAGAAAC